GUGAGGGAAGAAGCGCCGGUUGGAAGCGGAGGGGGUUGCCUUGUUGUCCCUUCGAGCAGAGGCUAUGGCGGAGGUCCUGAACCUCAACAAUGAGGUUGUGAAGAUGAGAAAAGAAGUGAAGAAGGUCAGAGUUCUGACAAUUCGCAGACUUACAAGACAUAUUGCAAAAUUAAAAGCAAAAAAGGGCACUGAAGAUGCAGUACUGAAAAACCAUAAACGUGCACAGAGGUUACUGGAAGAAAUUCAUGCCAUGAAGGAAAUAAAACUUGAUCAAGUUACUAAAUUAGCACUUGGGAGAGAAAUUAAUUUUGAGAUUGUCUGCAAAAAGCCCAAUUCUUCAGCAAAAGAUAGAGCAAUUGCUAGGCUGACUGCUCACCCACUAUUGAAGACAAAAAUUGCUGAUAUUAAAGCUGCUGUAAAAGCCUUUAAAGAUGCAAGACAGAAGCCAGCUAGAACUAUUUCUGCAGACGAAUAUAAACCGGAAGAACAGCUUACCAAACAACCUGAGGAGACCCAGCAUUCCAGUAGCAGUGAACAUAACCAAACAUAUAAACAAGCUGAAAACCAAGACAAAAUAAAGGUGAAAGAGAAGACAAGUACUGACAUGGGAAAGAAGCAAAUUUGUGUGAGAGGGAAGCAGAAAAGGUCAGACAGUGAGGAAAAAUGUCCCCCGGAUGGCUUUACAAUGCAGGCUGCAGAACAUCCUAACUUAGAUCAUCAGAGUCAAACAGAAAAGACAGUUUCUCCAGAAGGAAAGAAAUGUGUAGGUGAUCUCCUGAGCAGGGCAGUAGAUGAAUCUGAUAGUGAUGCAAGUAAGUGUGAGGAGAGUGGAGCAGAGGAUGAAUCUUUUGAUGACAGCACUGAAGAGAGAUUCUAUAAUCAGGCUUCUGGUUCUGAUGAAAGUGAUAGUAAUGAUGAUUUCUUCAUUGGCAAAGUAAAGAGAAUGAAAAAGAAAGGAGCAGCUGAUACUUCAUUACCUACUGAAGACAAAGUCAAAAGCAUGCUGCUAAAAAAGCCAAAGAAUUCUCAAUCUGACACAGUGCAGGACACAGACACAAAGGGAAAAGGUCAACAUUCAAAAGCAAAGAACCUAGAAUCUGUAUUUUACUGCUCGUUGUCCAAUUCUAAGAAAUCCAAAACUGUGAAAGGAACUGCUAGAGACCACCCUCCCAGAAACAAAGCAACAUGUAAGUCAGCUUUUGAGAAAAAUCGCCCACAUAAACAGAUGCUUAGAGGUUCAGGUAUGAAGCAAGGUAUUGAAAGGAAACAGUUGGAACAACCCCUUCAUCCUUCAUGGGAAGCAAGCAGGAAACGUCGAGAACAAAUAUCUCAAAUUACAGCAUUCCAAGGGAAAAAAAUUAAAUUUGAAGACUAAUUGUUUUUCUAAUACUUAUCCUCAACCUUUUAACCUCAUCUGUUUAACAUUUUGCAUCUUGUUGUGAUCCUAACAGUAUGCCUGGAAAAUUUAUGGCCAUGUUUAUAAUUGAAUUUUUAUAUACAAAGUGAUAUAAGCUAAAAAGUUUCUGAGGACAUUUAUCAUUUUCAUUCAGUAGAUUUCCUGUGUAUAAAAUAAAGGUAAUCUUGAAAUCA